UCCACCGUAGGCGGCGGAUUCCCAUGCGGCUCUGCUGGUAUCAUCGGUGAUCAGAGCAUGUUUUUUUCCCGGAAAUAACAGUGGAUGUGGCAUUAUCGGCUUCAAGGCUGUGUCGUGAGUGCUCCUUUAAGUUUCCAUGCGGUCAGGACUGAGAGAGUUGGAGGACGCGGUUUAGACAGGCUGCGGUUCAAACGUUGCCGGGCUGCAGCGACACCACAGUCUGCAACAGCCUGACAGAGUGUGUAGUGUCAGAGUAAAUGUCAGUAUGAUAUAGAGCAGACUAAGGAAUGACGAUGUGUUCACACCACCGGUAUUACUCAGGGAACUCUGCUGAUCAGUCAGCUCUCCUCAGCAGCAGAGCGCAGUUUGUCAUGAGGACGCUCCUGGGAUUAUUAAUAAUGUCAAUUACUGUCUCAGGUAAUGAAGACAAAUUAGUGGUAAUCAGUGCCGUCUCCGGACAGGAUAUCAUUCUGCCAUGCUACUGCCCAAACCCUGUGGACGUUCAGUGGCAGGUUGAGUUUUCCAACAGCAGUCCAGUCGUCAUAUACAAUGAGACCACAUCAGAUUUCACUGAGUCUUACAAGAAGAGAGCAGAAAUAUUCCUGGCCAAGAACAACACUGACUGUUCUCUCCUCCUGUCAGACGUCACACUUGGUGACCAAGGGAAAUACGAGUGCUACUUUGGCAAACCAUUGACAACCAGAUAUGUUACUCUGAAUGUUUCUGACGUUUCCUACCAUCAGAUGCAGGACCCGGCCACCAAGGCUGAUGGACUACAAGCCUCGGUUAUCAUCCCAUCAGUUACGGCUGCCAGCGUGUUGCUGCUUGUAGUUUCUUUCAUUACGUACAAAAGAUUGAGAGCAAAGCGUGAGAACACAGACAAUUUUAUCAUCUGAUCUGGAGAAGAUUGACGCAUCAGUGCACACCAAAGCCUGAAAGUGAUUUCUAUUUAAUUCGGACAGAGACAAACUCAUCAUGAAGCGGGCAUCGUGCCACAGUCCCUUUGCAGGCAUGUUGUGUUCUUGUGUCAAUACUGGUCAUGGAAAGUUGCUUCUGGGGAAAGAAAGACGUGCCAUUUUGUGCAUUCAUACAUGUCUGUGCAUUUUUGCUCAUAAUCCAAUGGGGCAGUGGUCCUUAAUGGCACCAUACUGUGUAUGCUGAAUGGUGAAUUAAUGAAUGGUGUCAUGUACUGUAAACAUUAUCAUCUACAUUCAAAACACAUAUAUAGAAAUCAUCACACAUUGUUUUUUAAGUGUGCAAAAAAUGUGUUACCUGAUUGUGAUGUAUUUCCUUACUGACUGCUGAAUGUUAUAAUUGUCAAUAGCAAUGCAUCUAGUCAUUUAAUGCAGCUCUCUGUGGUUGUUGGGCAGGAAGAGGGCCUCUUGGGGCAGGUGACUGUAAUUGUGAAAUUCCUCUCUGACCCUCAGCUAUGCUGCUGACUUAAAAAAAAAAAACUUGUGAAUUAUCUUUACAUACACAUCAUACUGACAAUGUGAGACAAAGAUACUGUGUACAUAGCUGUUGUGGGGCAUGAAUAAUUGGCUCUCUAUUGAUCAGUUGGAGUGAUUUUUCUUUUCAUAGGACAACUUUAUUCAGAUUUGUAAAGCACAAAUAGAGUGAUUGAUUUAAUGCAGUAUUUUUAACCAAAACUUCACAUUCAUUAAUAAACACAUGCAAUGAAUUUCCCCUCUGAAAUGUGAACUAAAAUAACUACUUGUUGUAUCCAUACUAUUUAUUGUCACCUUCUUAAGACAAGUAGACUGCACUUUGUAGUGCAAUUAGAUGUAGACCAGAUCUCAUAAACAGUGAAAAAAAUAGGAUGAUUGUAACUAAUUUUAUAAGCUAUUGCUGUUGGCCCUGACAUCAGUUCCCAGUUCUAGUGGCAGCUGCUGGUCAGCUUUUUUUUUUAUUUCCUGUGUGACAUCAGCAACAAGUGAAGUUACUGCUCCAAUCAUUUGCCAUCCUUCUGUCCUUACCUGUGAAUUCAUCAGCUAAUAUCAUUUUUUCCCCUGUAUAAACAUGUUACUGUGAUGAGAUUAAUCUUCAUAUGGGUAAUACUUGCUAGAGCAUGGGUAGGUUAGGCUUGCAUUCAUUCCCUCAUAAUGCUGUGCGCUAAAAUUCAAAGUCAUUAUGUGUUACUGUUUGUAGUAGUUUCAUUCAUCUGAAUAAUGCACUAGUGGCUAUAGACAACUGGCUUAUAAGUAUAUACUUAUUUGGUGCGUGCAAUAACUACAUGAAUGAUGUUGUCCAAAUAAAACUUGUGGUGUUUUUGAAUAUAUAUUUUUUUUACUUUCACACCUUUUGUAUUAAUAAAAAGUAUCAACAUGU